CGAGGCUUCUUCUUGUUUGCUGGGCAAGAGAAGUCUUCUUGGGGUAACCGGAACCCGACCGGCUGGCGGCGAGUAGAACCACCUUUUUUUCCAACAAUCUUCUGUGCGUGUGUGCGGGUGCGCCACUUCCGCCACGGAUUGCCAGAAGUUUCGAGUUCGAUAGACAGUGCAUCGUUUUCUUGGCCCACCCACCACCGUUUUUCUUUAUUAUCCGUACUCCGGGAGAAAAUUAGGUAAGCAGCGGGUUUUGAACCCGUAUCUUUUGCAACCAAAGACAGGCACGCUAACGUCGACGCGGAAAAGAGUGUUUCGUCCUCGACACAGGUUGGGGAGUUUCAACCUUUAUGAAGGUGGUGUCCACAUCAAUAAAGGAGAAGAUAUAUGUUGCUUGUGCAGAGAGAGAACAGAAUCUAAAGAAAGAAUCCAAGGAUAAGGAGGGUCUUCUAGAAGUGUACGGAAUGUUGAAGGAAGGAAUAGGGUUCAAGGACUACCUACAUGGACCAAUGGAUGCAGGAACAAAGCUUAAGGUCAAAUUCAGGACCGGGGACAUAGGCCUUCGAGAACGUCGACGAAGACAUAGGACGGUAGACGAGGAAGACGACGAGUUCAAAUGUGAUUGCGGCUUCGAAUGCGAAGACCGUGUUCAAGUAGUCGCGGAAUGUCCGUGGUAC